CGAAGAGACACAGAAGCUCCCCAGCCCUCAAGAUGCGUGGAAAACGAGCGAAGCAGUAUCGCAAACUGAUGACCCAGUACCAACUUGGUUUUGGGUUUCGAGCACCAUAUCAGAUCUUGUUAGACGCAGACAUCAUUCAAACCGCCGCGCAGCUCAAGAUGAAUUUCACAGGCAUGUUAGAGAGGACCCUACAAGGCGAAAUAAAACCCAUGAUUACACAGUGCUGUAUGAGACACCUAUACGAAGCAAAUGAUCAGACCAUCAUCGAGCACGCAAAGGGCUUCGAACGUAGACGCUGCGGUCACCACACCCUUGAGAAACCCCUCACAGCUAUGGAAUGUCUUUCGGAGGUUAUCGAUCCCAAGAGCAGCCUCACCAAUAAGCAUCGAUACGUCGUGGCAAGCCAAAAUCCUAAGAUGAGGGCCAUGCUCCGCCGGAUUCCGGGAGUCCCACUAAUCUACAUCAAUCGAUCGGUGAUGAUACUUGAACCCAUCGCGACAGCAACCUCGGACGUGCGCGAUCAAGAAGAGCAGGAUAAAUUAAAGGCGGGGCUCAAGGGCAGACGUGGGGCAACGGAGGGUGCUAAGAGGAAGCGAGAAGUGGAGGACGAUGGUGCACAAGGUCACCCAAGCUCGAAUUCGAAAGCUACAUCAGAUGCUUCUAAACAACCGGAAAGGAAGCGGAGAAAGGGAGAGAAGGGUCCCAACCCCCUCAGUGUCAAGAAGCCUAAGCCUAGGGUCCCUGAACCUUCUAAAUCUAAGGACCAUGCCAAAUCACCAGCCGAAGAGCAGCCAAAGAAUAUCGAGGUACCAACUGCAACCGAGGACACCAACCCUGCGCUUGGAGAGAGCGAAGAGACAAAGCGGAAGAGGAAACGUAAGCAUAAAUCUCGAGGGGCCUCGGAGCCAGCACCUCCAACUAUGGAGAUCGAGGAAGGGUCUUGAUCGGGCUUCCUAGCCUUGAUCGCACGGUCAAUCCCCCUACAACACGAAUUGAUGCAUAGGAUAGAGCAUACCCACCUUCUCAGUCCCUCAUGAGUUGUACGACCCGACUCAGUUCUCUACUGGAACAUGUGUUCCAUUGCAUCUACAUAUAGGCGUUUUUCUGGUCAUUCAGUGGAUUUGUACCACGAAAAAAUUAUGAUACCCGGUUGGGAUAAUAGGCCCGAAAGGUCCUAUACUUUCUUGC